CGGCUGCGGGCCGGGCGGGAACAGGGCGCGGGCAAAAGAUGGUCUUCAGGCUGAUGACCCUCCCUGCGGGUGGCUCAGAGCCUCAUCCUGGUCUCGCCACCCGGACCCCGACCGAGACAGCGGGCAGCCCCUCCCCCAGCCCACACCGGAGGGAAGGAAGGAGGGGAAGGAGAGCGCCAGUGAGCUAGGGAGCCCGAGCCGGGCGCGAGCCGCCACCAGUUCGCUUGGAAACCGUUGCCACAGCAACGGGGUUGCGCUCCCCAGCAACGCGACUGCGGGGUGGCGACGCCCCCUCCCCCACCACGGCCGGGGGCGCGCGGGGGGGGGUAGCGAAGGGGGUGCACUGUGGAGACAGCAUCGCUCCUCUGGCCGGUCUGGGUGUGCCUGCCUGAGCACGUCGAGGGUGGGGGUGAGGGCGAGCGGUUCUGUGGGCACGAGCCGGCUCCCACGUGGCUGCAGUCGUCGCAACAGGACUCCCAGGGUGGCUGCAAACGUGGAGGCGGCCCAGACCCUGGGCCUGCCCAGGGAGGAGGAGGCCUGGAGGUUGGGUCUGGGGUCGUUGCCGGGUGACUACCAUUGUUAGUACUACCUCUAGAGUGGUCUCUUGCGACAUGGCCUGGCCCAAAAUUGCAUUCUUUAGAGGUGAUUUUUCUUACUAGGGAAGAGAAAAUAAGCUAGCCAGCAUCUCCCCUCAUGGCUAGGGUAUGCGCCAAACCAUGGGCCUGCAAUGGGCCUCCACUUCAUGUUCCUGGCCACCAUUCUCCAGGGAGGGAUAGAAGCAGAGCAAAGGACAUUGCUGACCCGGGGAAGCUGAGUCUCAGGCCAGAAGGGAGCGACCCAGCUCAUUGUCUGGACCACAGUGCCCCUUUCUUGUCUGUGCACAAUGCCUUGACUGUGGUGUGGCAUGGAGGCUGGCCUGCAAAGAGGCAGUGCCACAUGGAGGUGCCCUGCCCAAGGGAGCCCCUCGAAUGGCUGCUGAGUCAGAGGAAAUGACCUCUGGCUUCCCUCCCAACCUCCUUUCAGCAGGAGAGAGAAAUGGCCCCCUUGCCAGUAGGGCCUGACUCAGCAGAUGCCAGCCCUGACCACAGGCUUCAGAUACAGCACCCUUGAGACCACAGCCACCCUACGUUUCUUUUACUAUCCAGUGAACUAUCUGGUGCCCAGGAUCUGGGGCAUUUGAGGCCUUGGCAUAAGACGCCCUUAAAUGGGUGCUACCUGGGAAGUCAGGCUUGAGCCUCCCAAAGGCAGGGACCUGGGGAAUUAGUCACAGGUUGCUUUCAUUUUUUGCCCACUCUGUGUGCAAUCUGAGUGCUCUACAUUCAUAAUCCCUAAUCCUUUGAGCACUUGUGCAAGGUAAGUUUAUUAUCCCUGUUUUAGAGAUGGAAGUCUCAGGGGCUCAGGAGGUAGAGACUUGUCCAAGGUCAAACAACCAGUAAGCCCCAGAGCUGGGUUUCUAUUGCAGGUUCCUCUGCUGACACAGCCCCUCUUAGCCAUGUGAUCCAGGCAGGAAAGGAUCCUAGAGCUUGCCAGAGGAACAUUCUCAGCCUUCCUUCAUGUUCCUCCAGCGAGGAAGUUCUCUGUUUCAAGCCUUGGUGCACCUUUCCUUGUGCCGACUGAAUCAACCAGCUUCUUUCCUCUCCAUUCAGUAUAGGGUGUGCUAUUGAUAGGCUGCCUUCCUCUCUUCCUCCUCCAUUUUCUCUCUAGCUGAGCCCAAGCUCAGUCUGGCUGCCGUAGCCCCCUGGGAAACCCUAGCCCCUAGUCUCUAAGUGCAUAAGCUCUCUGGCUUUCACAGCUUGUAGUUCUGAUUAGGAGAAAAUCUGGCAAACACAGGCCUCAGUCAAGCUCAGAGGCAGGAAACCCAAAUGCCUCCAGGGGUCACCGGAACAAUGGGAUGAGUGAGUGAUGUAGCCAGAUACCUGCUCAUCAAUGUGUGGACUUUGUGUAUCUAGAUCAUCCAGUUUUUUAGAUCAAGCAUAAAAACUGGCCUUAAUGCAAAUGUUGGGAAUGAAAUGAAUACUGAAAAAAAAAUUGUUAGUCAUUGGCCAACAAAACACAUCCAUGAGUUGUGUUAAAGUUGAAAGUCUUAACUCUAGACUACACGCAGUCCAUGGUAAAAUGGGAGUGAUUUCUGCAGGACUACCUCCACGAUGCCGGGUGCUGGCCUUCAGUUGACCACAUGCAGGUGUGUACAUUGGGCUUAAAGUGAUUUUACAUCAAGUUGUGCCCCCCACCCCCGCCCACCUUAGGCCUUACUAGACAAGUCUUUUUUUUUUUUUAAUUUUUUCACUUUAUGUGUGAGUUUUGCCUAUAUGUAUUUCUGUGUACCGUGUGUGUGCUUGGUGCCUGUGGAGGUCAGAAGAGGGUGUUGUAUCUCCUGGAACUGGAGUUUUGGAUCAUUGUGAACCACUGUGUGGGUGCUGGGAACUUAACCCAGGUCCUCUGCAAGAGCAAGUGCUCUUAACUGCUGAGCCAUCUCUCCAGCCCUGAAGGCAUGUCUUAUCAUUCCUGUUGUACAUGUAAAGAAGCCACCUUAGUUAUGGGGAUAGGAUGUGAUCACAUGGUUCAGCUAGGGCAGAGACAGGAUUUGAAUUCAUGCCUCCUUUUAGUGCUUGAUCUGUGACAACAGGCUGCUCCUUAUGAGACAUGAGCAUUAGCUUUCCAUGUCACAUGGCUUCCUCCCUUGCAAGAACAAAUUAUGUCCAUGCUGAAUGAGGGAUAGAAACACAGGGGACCCUAGGAAUAAGGUUUUCAUGAGUAUGGGCUUUUCUGUUUGGUAGGUUGGUUUUGUUUUGAUUUUUCUAGACAGAGUUCUCCUAUAUAGUUCUGACUGUCCUGGAUCUCACUCUGUAGACCAGGCUGGCCUUGAACUCACAGAGAUCCGGCUGAGUAUGGGCUUUCGGUGUCCUGCCCCAUCCUUCUCACACUGCCCUUGACAGGGCCAGACCAGAGAAAUGAGCGCAUAAGGACAUCCUUUGUGUCCGCAAAUCCCUUGGGGCUCCAUGUCCUGUUGCGGUUUCUUUGUGCCUUAGGUCACAGACCUAGGUCGGGACCCUAAAGGCUAGGGCCCCAGCCAAUACUGAGCCCUACUGGAAGUGAAGUUAUGGCCAGCUCCAUGCCAGGCUGACUAUGGGAGCUGCUCUCUCUGGCCUCAGUACAUCCGGUUUGGUGUAAGAAGGAGGUGUAGAAAUGUCAUCUGUGUCCUCCAAUAUUCCUUUCCUGCCAGGACUGGGCUUCGUAGUCUUCAAGGCUUUCCAAUCAUUAAGUCCAUGGGCUCCAUCUGCCUCUUGAGUAUUGCUGAGAUCACAGCUAUAGAGGCUAGUGACACCAGCAAGGAUAGGAUGACAGCUGCUGUCCUCCAUCCAUCCCCACUUCAGGACCACGCUACACUGCCACCCUGUCUCCUGGCCUGGUCUCUUCUUCUUGGGCUUAUGCCCAGGGAUUCAUCUUGUCACUCAGAGUCCCUAUGACUUGGACUUCUCUCCACUCCAUGCCUCCAUGUCAUUCUCUCCUUUUAUUCAUAGAUGAUCAGAGUUUUUGAUUUGGUUAUAACCCCCUCCAAGGGCCAGGUGUAGUGGUGCACACCUUCAAUCCCAGUACUUGGGAGGCAGAGGCAGGCAGAUUCUUUGAGUUUGAGGCCAGCCUGGUCUACAUUGGGAGGUCCAGGAUAGCUGGAGCUAAAUAGUGAGAUCCUAUCUUGAAAAAAAAAAAACAAAACCCACGAGGGCUAAGAGCUGGGCAAUGGCUUCUUCAGUAAUAUUUCCCAAGAAUGAACCAUAAGCUGACCCAGCUCCUGAAGUGUUCCCCUCUCCUACAGCUAAAAUAUCGAACAGGUACCUAGACACCUCAGUCACUUCAACAAGUGGCUGUUGUGUGCCAGUUGAUCAAGCCUUCAGUAAUACUGGGUAGCAUUCCAGAGUCCUCAUCCUGGGCUUCAUCCUCAUCCAGGGAGGUGAGGUAGCUCAGGGUAGACUUGUCCGGGGAAUGGUGGAGGAGGCCAAGAGGCCCUGGCAGGAACUCAUUCUGGAGGCCAUUAUCUAGGUCACAGAGUCUCUCUGGCUUCACAUCUGGGAAAUUGUUAGAAAUUUGAACUUUGAAGCCAGGUGUGGUGGCUUUUGCCUGUAAUCCCACUUUUAGGAAGUGGAAGCAAAUGGAUUGUCAUGAGUUUCAGGCCGCCCUGGGCUACGUAGUGAGACAGACUAGGAAACGUGGACUGGAGUCCCACCCAGACCUCCUGAAUCAAGUGAUGGUGGAACUAGCCUUCUGGGUCUGGACAAGCCCCCCUCUGUGUAUUCCAGACACUGUAGACGUUUCAGAGGUACCAGUCCAAAACAUUCACCCUCCGCCCAGAAAAAAACAAUUCUGCCCUUUGCAGAGGCUAACUCAAUCCUUCCCGUGGUGAUCCAUAAGGAAGCAGGCAGCAAGGUGGAUAGGAAACACCUGGGGGGUCUUGCUUUCAUCCCUGGGUGUAAUCCCAGGAUGGUCUAAGAAAACCCAGCAAAGCCAUAUGCCCAGAAUGCUAUACAAACCAAGAUGGAGUCCUGAGCAAUGUUUAGUAAUCUGCAAGAAUAGAGAGAACGAGGAAUACAGAAAAUGAGUAACAUGGCAGAUGGAAAGAUGAGUCCAUCUGGAGGGCAUGGUUCCCAACAGGGGAGGUGGGCAAGUGGCAGAUGUGUGCUAAUCAACAGUGUUUGCUAUCAGCAGUAAGACUGAGUCUGCAGGUUCCCCCAGCUAGGGCCAAAGCAUGCCCAGAGGCAGGGAAGAGCCUUGGGGCAGGGGGUUUUGGAAAGUUUGGCCUGUUCAGUAGAACAGUUCAAAAGAUGUGAAUGGCCCUCUUGAUGCUGAACAACUGUUGUGGAUUAGAUAAUAUGCAGGAGGGAGACUUCAGCGUGACUGGCCGGCCCUCUGUAGCCCCAGCAAGAGUGUGUUUAGCAUUAGUUGGACACUAGAGCCAGACUAUUACCAGAGGCUGGCCCAGUGGUGUGUUCUCAAGGAAGAGCUUUCUUUCUGACCCUAGCUGGCACACAGUGCAGUGAAUGAUGGUUCUUGGUCCUUGCAGAUGACUUGGUGACAGCAGCACACAGAUUUGGGGUUUAGUCUUCUGAGUCUGGCCUAAUGCCCAGGCUGUCGAGCUAGAUACCCUCAGGGCAUAGUUUCUGUGCUUUGUUUCCUGUUGAGCUGUGAGCUGCCAAUCUCUCUCCAUCUUGUAGUACUUCCCCUGAGCUACACCAUGACAGGUGGUCCAAGGGCGACAGGAAGGAACAGGAACGCACAUUCUGGCUACUAGUUAACCUGACUACCAAGUUCUCAUGCACCGAGCGCUAACCAACACUGGAGUUUUCUUUCACAGCUCACCACGUGGAAAGUGGACAGCGACUGUCUCAGAUACAGACUAAACACCUCCUAUUUAUCAGCUGUGUGGCACGGAACGAGUUUCUUCUAAAGCUUGUCACUUCAUCUUUCAGAUGGUGGUGUGACCAGAAGUGACAAGGUCGCUCGCGGCCCCGGGUGAAGCAGGCCCGCGCCGGCCGGCGCCAUGGAAAGGAGCGGGAACCAAAGUUGCCCUCCGCCGGCAUGCGCGCCCAUUGAGCCCCGCCGCAGGCAGCCCCCGGCCGCAGGUCCCCAAGUGACGCUGGCGGCACCUGGGAGCGUGGCGCGGCCCCGGGGCCACGCCGAGGAACCCAGCGUCCAGUAAAGCUGCCGAGGACCUGCCUCUUGCGCCGCAGCCAUGGUGAUGUCCCAGGGCACCUACACGUUCCUCACGUGCUUCGCCGGCUUCUGGCUCAUCUGGGGUCUCAUCGUCCUGCUCUGCUGCUUCUGCAGCUUCCUGCGUCGCCGCCUCAAACGGCGCCAGGAGGAGCGACUGAGGGAGCAGAACCUGCGUGCCCUGGAGCUGGAGCCCCUCGAGCUUGAGGGCAGCCUGGCUGGAAGUCCUCCCGGCCUGGCGCCGCCGCCACCACUACACCGCAGCCGUCUGGAGGCGCCUGUGCACGCGCACUCGCACGUGCACGUGCACCCGCUACUGCACCACGGGCCCGCGCAGCCGCACGCGCACCCGCACCCACACCAUCACGCACUGCCGCACCCACCGCCACCGCACCUCUCCGUGCCGCCUCGGCCCUGGAGCUACCCGCGCCAAGCGGAAUCGGACAUGUCUAAGCCGCCGUGCUACGAGGAGGCGGUGCUGAUGGCCGAGCCGCCGCCGCCCUACAGCGAGGUGCUCACGGACACUCGCGGCCUCUACCGCAAGAUCGUCACGCCCUUUCUGAGCCGCCGCGACAGCGCGGAGAAGCAGGAGCAGCCGCCUCCGAGUUACAAGCCUCUCUUCCUGGACCGGGGCUAUACUUCGGCGCUGCAUCUUCCCAGCGCCCCGCGGCCCGCCGCCCCCUGCCCUGCCCUCUGUCUGCAGGCUGAUCGCAGCCGCCGGGUCUUCCCCAGCUGGACCGACUCAGAGCUCAGCAGCCGGGAGCCCCUGGAGCACGGAGCUUGGCGCCUGCCCGUCUCCAUCCCCUUGUUCGGGAGGACUACAGCCGUAUAAAGGGGCGCCCGGCGUCCCGGGCCCCACGGGCGAACUCCUAGCCUGACUGCGGGGCUUUUUAAACGCUUCCCUUGGACUGCAGGGAGGGGUGGGGGGAGGGUGGGAUUUCUUACCCCGUUUGUUACAUUUUGAGGAUAAUAAAGGUGUGUGAUCUGCUUUGGUACAAGCGGAGGGGAACACUAGCUGCUUUAAGCCCAAGGUGCUAGUGACCAGGCAUGUCGGACCUUAGGGAAGGAGCCUGAGUGCUGGCCUAGUGUGUGUACAGAUAAAUUGGCCUUCGGAAACCAAAGGUGGUUUUUCAGGGGCGGGAUGUUCAUUUUCCAUCUAGCCUGCUUUUGAUAUCUCAGGGUAAUAGAGAGGUGCGCCCCCUGUAGCCUCGGAGGUGACAGGAGUUGGGAAGCGGGUCAUGAGGGCCGGCGCCCACGCCAGAUCAACCCCUGGAGGCCCAGAGCAGCAGGCCCGAAGGGAUCUGGAUUUCUUUAUUAACAGACAUGAGCACGACCCAUUACAUAAGUUUGUGCUUUUAAAAAAAGAAGAAGAAAAGGGGGGAAAAGUUAAUGUGAAAAAGAACCCAAGCAGAGAGGAAGGGAUUGGGGAGGGGCCACCCAAACCCCUGGGUCCCAUCUACAAGCCCUGACUUGAGUCACGCCUAGGACCUCCAGCCUGGGACCUGCCCGGCAGGAGAGGGCGGGAAGCCAAGGGGCCCCAGGUGGGCCUGCUAAUUCCUUUCGACCUAGCAGCGGCGAGGGUGAAGAGAAGGGGGAGGGUCCCGGGGAGCCAGAGCCCACAGCCAUUUAUUGCCAUGUUUUAAAAUUCGUGCAAAAUAUCUGAAGCCCUGGAUAGAGAAUACAAAGUGAUAUUUUUCCAAGAAACAUAAAACUAGGAAAAGUGAUGGGGGAACACUUUCCCACCAGAACCCCCAACCCACCAGGUCCCAAGCAGGGUGAGGCCUCCACCCUGGUCGGCCGAGCAGAGAGACUAAGCUACAAUCUGGUCUGGGCAGGAAGGGGGUAUAAUCUGCAACAUCAUCUCAACUACCAACGGGAGGAAAACCAGUCAACUGUACAAGUCUAUCAACUUUAAAAAAAAGAGAAAAGCUGUAAAAGUCGGGCCCUGUGGGUAGGGGAGCAGACAAAUCCCCGGCCGGUGCCGGAGUCCAGAGUGGGUGCCAGGCGGGCCGCUGCCAAUGCAGGAGCUGCAAGCCGUCUGGCCAGAGGCUACCGCAGGUGGUGGAGCCUUGGCGAAGGCAGCCAGGGGACAGUCGCCACUACUAAUCAC